GAAAAAAGGCUGACAGAUGGCGAUUAUCAUCUGUGACUGUCAAUGUCAUGCGCUGGUCAUGCGCGAAAAGAAAUUUGCGCGGAGCGGAAGCGGAGUGGAUCGGAGGUCGUGUUUGGUAGAUGUAUUUUCAAAAAUCUUUAAUUUACUAAUUUUAUAAAUAAAUGGCAGGCUUUUCGGAAGCAUUUUAAUAAAUACAAGCCUCAACAUGUCGUUUAGUAGACUCUUUAUUUUGUUUGGUGUGUGCGUGAUGUUAUUUAACAAAGUUGAAUCUUCAACCCACUGGAUGGUCACUGAAAGUGGAUUAAUUCAACCCCGGCUUGACUCCCCAUUUGACAUGGCACGUCCAUAUGAUCUACUAGCAUUUUUGAACCAAGAAAAACGUUGGGAUGAUAUAUUCGAUAUUUAUAAUGACCUAGUAAAACAGCAAACCAUUAUAGACAGACUUUGGUUUGACGUUGGUAAAUUCACUGAUAUUGGUCGACAAAUAGCCCAGGACGAAGAUUGUGUGAGGGCUGGUAACAUUAAUACCAUUGAUUGGCAUGCAGCUCUCCUUGAAGAUGGUUCCAAGAAGAUUCCAGAAGAAGAGUUUCUAUUUCCUAAUCCUUAUUAUGGGCCUAAUACUGAUAUGCCAGAUUGCAAACGUAUGUCUUCAUUGACUUUUAGUAUGUUCGUUUUUGAACAUUUAGAGAGUAUGAUGCAAAGGGACAAUCUGACAGCUAAUCCUGAAUUUGUGCUGCCAGAAAUAUUAUCCCCCAUCAUGACAUUGGACCAGUUUGGUCACUGGGUGACUGGGGUGCUCCGUCGCAAUAGCACAUCUUGGUUACACUAUCAUAUGGCUUCAUUGUUCUGGAGAAUCAGAGGAAGUGCCCCAAAGGCUUUGGAGUGCAGUCGGCGGGCUGUGCUCUAUGCACCAAGAGAAUAUAAAGAUAUUGCCCUAGGAAGCUUAGGCAUGGUGCUACACAGAAGUGGUAAAACAAAUGACGCCAUUAUAGUUCUAAGUGCAGCUAUAGACCAUGAUCAUACAAACUAUGUCAGCCAUUUUGCAAUUGCUAAUGCUUAUACAGUGAUUGGGGAAUUCAACACUUCUUUAAAAUAUUAUGAUGAAACAUUGAAGCUGAAUCCUAGGAUGGAGUUAGCGUCUAAGCAUAAGUUUGGUGUACUAUGUCAUGCUAAUUUGGCUGUGAGGAUUAAGGCUAUAAGAGAGACAUUAAAUAAGCUUCGCGAUGAACUAAAUGAGUAUAACCAGAAAGAAGCUGUAUGGCCUAAGGUUCAGGCAGAGUUUCUAAAGACCCUCAAAAAUGGGGACGAGUUUGAAUAUAGAAACGUAGAAAAGAACUACGAAAGGAUGACAGACAUAACCGGCAUUAAUAUGAGAGAGUUCAAGAACCAAGUAGACAAAAACUCUUUAAUAAAAUACUUUAUCGAUGGACCACUAUACAAUGAUGAAAAGCUCGGGAAACAGGGUGUUAGUGCCAUCGAUACAAUUUAUAGCUUAGAGAGGCUUAUACGGCAUGUUAAUAAGAAUCCCCAUAUUGGUGACAAUAAUUUUCAAACAGAACAAAGAGAACCACCUAUAAAUGUUAAGUUUGAUAAGGAAACUAGAACAAUAACUCUGGAGCAUAAUAUAGUUAAACAAUCAACUCCUCGUGAAGAGAAAACUGAAUCUCGCCCGGGUACUGAGAAAAAACCUAUUACGAAUGAUGAAGAUAUAAGUGAAUUCGAAACCGGAAUUUAUAUGUACCCGCCUAGUAUGCAAAUAAAUCGUAAUAUAGAAGACUUUGACAAAGAAGUCGAUUGGCCUUCAAAUAAGCUCUGCAAAGAGACUGCGCCGGACUUCCCUCCGAAUGUAGAGGCUAUAUUCCCAGUCUUUAUGCCUUUUGAAAAUAAGGGAGUGAGAAUAAAAUCGUUGCUAACAGAGAAGAUAGGCGUGCCUCUAUCUGAAGAAUACGAGUUGCCCUGGCAUCCGCCCACAUGCCCUCAGGACAAGGAAGCAACGCUUUUGACGCAAAAGAAAUCCUCUAAGCAACAGAUAGUGACGGAAGUGGUGCAAACUAGCUACUUGCGACAGAAACUGCUGGAAUAUGUCAGUAAUGGCAACAUUGAAUCUGCUUCACAUAUGCAGGACGCUGAGAUCGGGCAGCGUAUCCACGUUGCUAUGAAAAAGAAAUUAGCGCCAAAAUGGAUGUUGCUAACCCUCUCGUCCCUAUACUGGCGGGUUCGUGGUAACAACGUCAACGCACUGCACUGCCUCCUCACGGCCGGGCGCUGCGUGCAACAGAUCUAUCGAGACAUAGUGCUCAUUUCACUGGCUUCAGUUUAUCUGGAGAUGGGAUACUUUGACGAGGCUCUGGCGGCCGCUGAAGAGGCUUUUAAGUUGAGUUUAUAUGAGCCAGGUACAAACUUCAUCCUCGCGGAAUUGAACAUGAUAAAGAAACAUCGCAACACGCACAUGUUCCAUUUAAAGCAAGUGGUUAGAGUGGAACCAGGCUUCAUGAACGGCCUGGCAAGGAAUCUGCUCAAUGGAUGGGCGUGUAUUUUGAAACAGGUCAACACACUGCGGGAAAUGGACUUCGGUGAGAGCGACAUUUGUACUCAAGUGCAGCCAUUAUUGAAUAUGGUUUGCGAGAAAGAUGGUGAAAAUUGUCAGAUGGCCAACAUAGAGUGCUUCAGAAGCCACCAAAGAGCCGACACAAGCGCUCUAGUGCGAAUGUUAGAGGAGAAGGGUGAACCGCAGCAAGUGGCGGACAAUAUGGACGAGGCAUUCUUCGACCAUUUCAUAGCGAACUCGCCCAAAGACCACGCGGACAGGCUGGCGCACCACGCCAACUUCGACAAUAUGGUGAAGACGAUCGACACGGUGCUGAAAGGAUGCGGCCCACUGGGGUGUCACAACCUGAAGCCCGAAGAUUUGGCUCUAAAGGAGGACGACUGUGCGUACCAUCACUUACAACUUGGCUAUUGGCUGCACAUCAUCAGUUUUAGGCAGCUGCUCAUUGAUUCCGAUAUGGAGCUUCCGUCAGAAAUAGCAACUAUGACCCCGUCGAAUAAAAAAGUCCCCGAGUGUGUUCGGCCCGCGGAACCCCUGGACGACUUCUACUUGGACAAGCUGAGCAGAAUCAGUGGGGAAGGCUGGCAGCCCGUGCUCAGCCUCAUGCACCAGUUCGCGGAGAUGUUCGACUACUUCGACUACGUAGCGCUUGGAGCCAAGAUCGCCAAGUACGUCGACACGAGGCCGCGCUCGUGGACGGGGGCGCUGGGCGCGGGCUGGUGGUGCGGCGCGGGCGGGCGCGGCGCGUGCGCGCUGCGCUGCCUGGGCGCCGCGCACGCGCUCGCGCCGACUCACCACAAGCACCUGCCGCUGCGCGCGCUCGCCGCCCUGCUGCACAUGCAAUCGAAGCAAGAAGAUGCUAAGGAAGUGGCCUAUCUCUCCUUAUACAUGAUGCCGAAGAGUAAAAUCGAAGCUUUCCUAGUUGCAGUUUCCCACACUUAUCUGGCUGAAUAUGAACAAGCAAUCUGGAUGUACCGUUACUCACUAACGUUCGAUGAAAAGUUCCUCCCUGCCAAGGCAUGCCUGCACGCGACUAUGUGCCUCAUGUUCUACGGCGAAGGGAAGAUGAAGAAAGGCGAAUAAGACGUUUUUGCACCGGGGCAAAUGUUUAAAGACAAAUGGCAUAAUACUUACAGAAAUAUACGAGUAAUAUGUACCUCUA